AGUCGACCUCCGACCUACUCACACGCGACCGCGAGUGUCCCAGUGUACGAUAUACCCGACCUUCAUAGAAGACAUCUGUAUCGUUGGGUGAAGCAGAGAAUGUGAUGUGGUGAUCGCUGACAUUGUAGCCUCAGCCAUGGUCCGGAGAUAGUGUCAGGUGUUCACUCCAGACGUACAAAAAGCGGCGAGUCGGUAUGCGCGUGUUAGUUGCAGCGCUGGCAGCAUUGCUGGCUCGUGCUUCAGCCAACCCUCACGAGCACCGUGCCAGGCAUCACGCGCCAGAUCACGCCUCGCACUACCCAGCACCAGCUCCACCACAGCCCUACCAUGGUCAUGGAGAAGCAGUACGCUAUAACCCUGAGCUAGAUACAAUCCUGCCCCGUACUGAAACACACGAAACCUCUUCAAAACGUGCCAGACUCGAAGAAACUGAGACAUCGUCGAAACGCGCUCACGAUGAAAGAUUCUAUUCUAAUCAUGAACGAAUUGAAGAAUUCAUGUCAGAUGAACCACAUUUUGGUCCAGAUGAAGACGAUCCAUUAAUAGUUCGCACAAGAAAGGGACGAGUUAGAGGAAUUACACUGACAGCAGCGACUGGUAAACAAGUUGAUGCGUGGUUUGGAGUACCUUAUGCUAAAAAACCUUUGGGUGAUUUGAGGUUUAGGCACCCUAGACCUGUUGAAAGUUGGGGUGAGGAAAUACUUAACACAACAACACUGCCACAUUCAUGCGUCCAAAUAAUUGAUACAGUAUUUGGUGAUUUUCCGGGUGCUAUGAUGUGGAAUCCCAAUACAGAUAUGGAUGAAGAUUGCCUUUACAUAAAUAUAGUUACACCGAGGCCACGCCCAAAAAAUGCAGCAGUUAUGUUGUGGGUGUUUGGUGGUGGAUUUUAUUCUGGAACCGCCACAUUAGAUGUCUAUGACCCUAAAAUAUUGGUAUCAGAGGAGAAGAUAGUGUAUGUAUCAAUGCAAUAUAGAGUAGCGUCUCUUGGAUUCUUAUUUUUUGAUACCCCUGAUGUUCCUGGCAACGCCGGGCUAUUUGAUCAACUAAUGGCCCUAGAAUGGGUAAAAGAUAAUAUUGAAUAUUUUGGAGGAAAUCCUCAUAAUAUAACAUUAUUCGGUGAAUCUGCGGGUGCUGUGUCAGUCUCGCUCCAUCUUCUUUCACCAUUAUCUAGAAAUCUAUUUUCCCAAGCGAUUAUGCAAUCCGGAGCUGCAACAGCACCGUGGGCAAUAAUAUCAAGGGAAGAAAGUAUACUAAGAGGACUGCGAUUAGCUGAAGCCGUACAUUGUCCCAGUUCUAAAACCGAUAUGGGACCUAUGAUUGACUGCUUAAGAAAAAAAAGCGCUGAUGAACUAGUCAAUAAUGAAUGGGGUACGCUGGGAAUAUGUGAAUUUCCUUUCGUUCCUAUUAUAGAUGGAUCAUUUUUAGAUGAAAUGCCAAGACGAUCUCUGGCCCAUCACAACUUUAAAAAAACAAGUAUUUUAAUGGGUUCCAAUACAGAAGAGGGCUAUUACUUUAUUCUCUACUAUUUAACAGAGUUAUUUCCUAAGGAAGAAAAUGUAGGUAUAUCAAGAGAACAGUAUCUUCAAGCUGUAAGGGAAUUAAACCCAUAUGUAAAUGACAUAGCUCGACAAGCAAUAGUGUUUGAGUAUACUGAUUGGUUGAAUCCUGACGAUCCAGUAAAAAAUCGAAAUGCUCUUGAUAAAAUGGUCGGUGAUUAUCAUUUCACCUGUGGAGUGAAUGAAUUUGCUCAUCGGUAUGCUGAGACAGGAAAUAAUGUGUUCACUUAUUAUUAUAAACACCGGAGUAAGAAUAAUCCAUGGCCUUCAUGGACAGGUGUAAUGCAUGCGGACGAAAUCAACUACGUGUUUGGUGAACCUUUAAAUCCCGGAAAGAACUAUUCUCCAGAAGAAGUUGAGUUUAGCAAGCGUCUGAUGAAAUAUUGGGCAAACUUUGCUAGAUCGGGAAACCCAUCUAUUAAUGCUGGAGGUGAUAAAACAAAGGUCCAUUGGCCCGUCCACACUACUACUGGCAGAGAAUAUUUGUCUCUAUCUCUGAAUUCAAGCAGUAUUGGUCGCGGUCUACGUGUAAAGCAGUGUGCUUUCUGGCAAAAGUACAUACCACAGUUAAUUGCUGCUACCAACAAACCAGAAAAUCCUCAGAACUGUACCAACAAUGCUCUGUCAUUAGAUACUUCGUUUGCGCCGAUAAGCUUUGUACUGGUCUCUGUUAUUAACUUUAUAGUUUAAAUAUAAGUAGUGAUGUAUUGUAAAAACUUCUUCACUUAUUAUUCUUUCUAAGUUUCAUCACUCCUUACGCUUGUAUCAAGUAUUUGAGUAUUUAAAUUUUGUUAACGCAAAACUUGAGUUUACAAAAGUUGAUAUUAACGUGUUGUACCUAAUUCAUUUAAGGGCCUAUAAUGUAAACUUAUAUUAAUGUCAUAUUUUUUAAAUUAUUUUUGUAUGUGAUCUUAUAAAUUAUAUUAUAUUUACUUGUAAGCCUUUUCAAGUAUUAUAUUGCUGUUUGUCCACUCAGUAUUUCUCGCAAUUUUUUGUUGAAUUGCAAGUUUCUUUGUAUGUUUGUAUAUUUUUUGAUUAUUAAUGUUGUAAUUAAGAAGGGAGUGAUAUCUCCACCAACAUAUCACUCGUUACUAACUAAUUUUAGAUUAAUGUAGUAAUAAAUUUAUCAUAGUCGGUAAUUUACUACAUAUCUUUGAAUGUUAUGAUGAGGAUGAAAGUUCUGAAGUAUAUUCUUCUAGAAAUGAAAUUAAAAAGAUGAGUGUAGCUUUUGUUGAGGUGAAUGAGUUAUAGGGGCAAGUAGAUUGAAAUGCCGGCUUUAACACGCCUCUACUGCAAUACAUAUCACGCAAUGUGUAGAAUAAACAAUUCUAGCCUUACUGUAAUUAUAGUCUUAAGGUAGAUAAUUCUCGAGACUAUUUAGCGGACCAAUAUUAGAAAGUUGUUCGUUUGAAAAUAAAAGUUUCGAAUCUAUCGAUACAAAAUACUGUGAACUGGUGGAUUGAAUAUAAACGCUUCACCUUGAUAUUAUCUUAAUCGAUAUUCUUAUUAAUGCUAGGGCUAAGGUCAGAACCAAUUAUUAUUAUCAUACUGUAGCUGAUAAUGAAUUUUUUUUCGGUUAUACAGUGUUGAAAUUGAAACAUAACAUACAAGUAUAUUAUUUUAUUCGUUAGUAAUUUCACAAGAAAUAUUUGGAAAAUUCUAAAACAAUUCUUGACGUUGUUGUUUGAAGUCUUCGUCUAUUUUGUCAACUAGUAGUUUAAGUCUCAAGUCCAAUGCUAAACAUCAUAGUCAAUAUUGAAAUUGAAACGAUUCUUCAAUAAAUGUCAAUGAAGCAAACUUCAAUGUUGUAUCACUUUAAACUUGAAAAAAUAUUGGAUUUAUGUGCUAUAAUAUUAGGAGUUAUAUAAAGUACCGGUUUCAACUCACUUUUAUACCGGUAAAAGAAUCUGGAAAGUAAAAAAUGCCUUAUAUAUUAUGCUCAUUAUCAUAUACAACUUUUUUCUCAUUAAGUUUCAUGUGGCUUUUUCUCAGCUGAGUCACAAUAGUUCGCCAUAGUAAAUUUAGCAUCUAAGCCUGACGAUUCAGUUGUAAAUUGAAAUUGAUAUGAACUGAAAGUCUAGUAAGAUUUAAGGUGGAAGAAAAUGAGAUAUGAAGCAUUCUACAGUGUUUUGGUACCAGGCGAUCUUAGUUGAAGAAGAGAUUGUCAUAUGUAUGACGCGAGUAUACCUUAAUACAUUUUGACGUCAUGCACACGACGUAUAUUACACAGAUACCAAGAGAACAUAAAUAUGGUAGCGGUGAUAGUACUGUCUUUCAUAGCAGUGUCAUGCAAGCCUAGCAAAAUGUACCAGGACUGCAUAUGCAGUUUAGAGGUUCAUGCACAAUGCAGGUUUCACUUCAGAUAUGUGUACUUUGUACGCACAUAUUUUUUUUAUUCUUUUGCUGCAAUGGUGAGCCCUGAAGAGACGAAAAGUAAAGUUUAUUUCGAAGAAAACUGAAUUCUAAAGGAGCCAGUGGUUCUGAACUGUAUAUAAAUCGAUGUAAUAUGAUCGCCUUAACUUUUAAUAUUAUAGUGCAUACUUUUAUAAUACGAAUAUGAAACAAGCAAUUAACGAAUAUGGUACUAAGAUAUCUCGCGUUUCAGCUUUCAAAUAUUGGUAUUUAAUUAAUAGAAUUUCUUUAGAUUACUUUAAAUAUUUCUAAUAUGUAAUUCAUACUGCGUUUGUGGCUUCGUCAGCUGAAUUUAUCAUGAAAUCGACCCCAUUUACUGUAUAUAUUUGUUAGUAUUCAAUGUAGAUCUUAUUGUUACUAACCCAUGACUUUCCUGUUAAUUUAAGUCAAGGCAUGGGUGCCUUUUGUGUAUCAAAAUAGCUGUUGUGGAAGACGAUACUAAGAGAUAAAUGUAAAUUUAAGAAUGUUUUUAAUUUCGCUUGUUUAGUUCCCUCGAUUAAGUAAAUAGUAUUGUAUAUAAGAUUUUAAGAUCUGUGUAGGCAAAGCUCUCCGGCUUUGACCAGUUCGUUUAGCUUGAAAUGUCGCUAUUAGUAAUUGUAUAGAUUGUACUCAAGUAAUUUCGAGUAAAAACGUUUUAAGAAUUACGCUUACCAAAACCUGCGUAUUUAAACCUAUAGAGUGCCUCUUGUUCACUUUUAUAAUUAUGUAUUGAUAUAACACUUAAUAUAGGAUGUGUAGUUGUAAUCUCUUCUUGAAUUUGCACCGUUUCUUUAUUUAGAACUCACGGUUGAUGUGUAGUGCCAAAUAUCAAAGUGAUAAUUAUAUUUUGAUGAAGUAUAAGAUGUAAUCUUUCGAAAACAAAAAGUGUUUACUUUGUAUUUAAUACAAACGUAAUUUAAGAGAUCAUAAACAAGUUUUAUGUAUGUUAUUAAAUAAAACAGAUAUUACACGCAAACUUUGUGUCUUGAUGCUAUUGUAAAAUUAAUACGAAUCAUUGAGGUAAUAAUAUUAGGUAAUAAAGAAGGCCUCUCUAGAUUGUUUGUAACACGAGCUGUGGCCAGCUGUAGUCAUCUCACUGAGAUCUACAGAGCAUACUUAGACUUUACUCAGACUUUAGUUACGUAAAACUUAGCUGAGUUUCUAUAGUCAUUUAACAACGGAAAUUUAACUGAGCUUAAAAUAAAACAUUCCACUGCAAAAUCCUAGUUCGCGUUUUAUCACAGUCAGCUAAGUUUGGAUUUUGUCUUUAAUAUUUUAUUACUUAUUGUGAUCUCUUAAAUUAAACUGAAAUACUGUUCUUAAUAAACGAUACACAGGGUGAUCAAAGACGAAAAUGCAUUAUACAAAACGAUAUUUAUUUCCAAAAAAUAGGCCUAUUUAACAAAGUUAUUUGCAUAGCAUAGCAUAUUAUUUCUGUACUUUUUCAGUAUGAAAGCAAAUUCGUGAUUGUAUCUACAGCAUAAUUAUUUACAAAUAAUUUUAAUUUCAUAGGCUAUUUUCAUGUAUAUAUAAUAUGUGCUUCAUAUAAGUAUUGCGAGGUCACCCUGUACAUAGUUUUAUUUUUAUUAUUUCGCCUUUAUCCCCACUUACGGCCUAUUGCAAACCUCCGAACACUGAGGCCUAGAAAUAGCUUAGGAUUAUGUUAUGGUAUUUUUAUUGAUCAUGGGUUUGAAAAAUGAAGGAAUCCAAGAAGCUUUUUUCAAAUGUAAAACCACCUUAGAAUUUAAAGGAAAAUGAGAUAUUUAGAUUAGUCUGGAUGACUACACAGCGCUGAUUUUAGUUCUAUUCUACCUCUCUUUCUAUCGUGUAACUCUUAUCUCUUCUAACGACGUUAGGGUUGCCAUCUCAUAAAAUAAUACUUUAUUACCAGUUAGUUAAGCGCCUAUUAUUACUAUUAUUUAUUAAGAAAGAGAUUUUGAUCACGUUUACCAUUUAAGGUAAAAUACAAUUCAAUUAUGAAGUGGGAGAGAGAAAAGUGCAAAAAUGUAAUUUGUUAAUACAUUUAAGUGGUAACGGCUUAGUAAUAAUGGAAGUAUCAAAGAAUCCUUCUUUUUUCAAAUCCAUUAUAUUGCCAUAUUUAUUAUAAACCUGAACGAUUUAUUAAGGAAGCUAUAAUGAAGCAAUAGUGACAAUACGAAAUCGCUAUUAAUAUUCAUGCAACAUUUGAAUUGACAUAUAUACAAAAAAAGAGACUAAAUUUCUAUAAAGUAAUAUUUGAAGAAUAAAGCUCCUAGAAUGCUAUUCGAUACAUUUUAGCCCACGACCAUGUCGGGAUAAAUAUACACAGUUUAAGUAAAAAAACCUUUAAGGACAUUGGCACAGAAUAUGUUACAGUUACAGUAGAUUCACUCUCCAAAUAAAUUUAAAAAAUUUACUGUUGCUACUAGAUUUAGAUUGAACAGCUCUAAUUGCCUACAGUUAUAUUCAACAUAGAAGUUCCCUCUCAUAGUCUAACUCUCAUCUCUUCUGACGAUGUUAGGGUUGUCUUCUCAUAACGGAUUAUUUAAUCUCAAUAUUUUAUGACUAUGUAGUAACUAUUGCUCUAUUUUGUGAGCAAAUGACUUUACAAAUAAACCCAGGCUAGCUAGACCUUACUAGUAUUAUGUAUUUAAUGUUACCAACAGACAGUGAUCAGUAAACUAUUAAGCUAUUGCAUAGCUUCUAUCGCGGGCCUUGAGCGUGGAGACCGAAUCCAGAAAUUCCGUAACGAAAAUAACCUAACACUUACUUUCUAGAUCUGUAUAGAUAUUUCGCCACGGUCAUUACAGUUGCCGUGGAACAGCGGUUAUCACGUAUGCUUUUUGUGCAGAAGGUCCCAGUUUCGAGACUGGGGUACAUCUUUAUUUUUUUUAAUUUCUUUAUUUUUUUUUAUCACGUUUUUUAAUUUUUAUUAUUAUGACAAGCAUUUUUUUUUAGUUUCACCUGUCCCGUUGUCUGUCUGUAAUCAAAUCUUGCAAGUAAAGUUUUACUCACUUCCCGUUUGCUUUUUUUUUAAUUAAUUUUAUCAAAAAAAAAUACUGCAUAAAUAAAAUGAAUAAAUAAUUAUAAUUGCAUAAGUUGAUAAAAAAUGCUAUGCAAUAGCUUUACCGCGGCAGUCCCCGAGUGCCACACAUCUCAUUUUUUUAUUUUUACAAUGGCAUAGGUUAUACUUAUCACGAAACAGAUUGUUAAUUUCAAAUAUCAAAAAAGCCUUUAAUUCUAAUGAAUCCGUGAAAGAAUAAUAACCAAUACAGUAUAUCAUUAAUGAUAUUUUCACCACUUUAGAGUAGCUCUUAUCUCUCAGCAUCUUAGGAGGCUUAAAAAUAGUUAAAAUUGGAUCGCAACCCGCGUUCAAUUAAUAAUAAAGUAAACACUACAAGCUAUAUUUUUACUCUUUUAUAUUCUUAAUUUUAAACAUUAGUCGGAUCGAUGAUGAAAGUGACGAACAAAACUCGCGGGUGAGUCCUUGCUGGAUAAGCCCCGCUGGCGUGGCUGCCGCGCUUGCAUACGAUACUUUCGAUUCUUAAACGGGGAACCAGCUGUCACACUCGAGUCAAUUAUAAAUAGAGCACUGCAAUACUUCAAGCCGAGCCAAAUUCUUACGCUCUAGUCUGGCACACCCCAGGCUGCUCGAAUUGUCGGGGAUCCAGUGCUUAAUGAUCGGCUAGUUUUAAUUUUAUCUUCUACUGCAUCUAUCACGGAGAGUCAUUUAUUUAUGGGACGAUUUAAGAGCUAUGUGUCCUCCUUCGCACGACACGCCACAAAAUUAGGAUAUCAUCCCACCAUCUGGAUGUGUGACGUUCGUGUACGGGGCGGUUCUCAAGGAACUUACUUCAUCAUACAACCAAGCUGUGGAAUGAGCUUCCUUGUACGGUGCUGCCAGGAUAUUACGACCGUCAGACCAAAUUUACUAGAUUUAUUAACAAUUAUAUAUAUACCCCAAACUAGGCACAGCCUGUACUAUGUGUACAAGUCAACGACAUAUUUAAUGCAAUAUACUUACUUAAAUAUACAUAAAUACUUAUAAACAUCCAUGACUCAGAAACAAACAUUAAUAUUCAUCAUAUAAAUGUUUGCACCUACAGGGAUUCGAACCCGGGACCUCUAGCUCAGUAGGCAGGGUCACUGACAAAAUUCCUUAAAAUAGAAAAAUUAUAGCUGUAUUUCGUAUUAAUAAUCUUGCCUUAUUCUUUAUUUUGAUAUUUAAUUAUUGUUAAAAUUUAGUUAGGUCUCCUUAAAUCAGAUAAAAACACGUUCAGGUUUAUCAUAAAAAUGGCUUUUAAGAAUAGAUCGUGUAAGUUAAUGUAAACGCUGAACGCAUUAAAAUUUGCAUUUAAGUUUAAUUAUGAAAAU